AUGCCUCCAAGCCUACUUUUGAAUGACAGCGUGCUAAUUUUCUCAAAUUUCCCUUUGAAAAUUAGAAUCGCAUUAUUUACAACGAUAAUUCGACCAUUCAAUCUCUAGGAAGGAUUUGCCACAACCCAAACCGAAAUUAGUAUAAACGGAGAGAGAUAGAACAUAGAGUAUUGUUUUAUCUCUCUCAGUUUAGGGGGGGGGAGACCAACCCCAAACCCAUUUGA